AGCGUACAUCCUAGAGAGAAGCGGGGAGGAUGGAGAGCAAAGAUGGAGAAGCGAGAUGAGGACAGAACAAUUUUGCGCAUGUCAAACACCCUCCGAGUUGACGCAGUGUUUUAGUGUCCAAAGCACUCUACCGCCAUGUCUUUCUAAACUCGAUCACGACUUAAAAAAUGUGGCGUUCGAGUAUCGCUCUGUGCAUAAUAUUAUGUUAUUAUUUCCAUUUAACGACGUCACUACCUGCUAUCAUUAAAUUAGGUGGUCUUUUUGAUACCAAAGAUGAAGAACAAGAGUGGGCAUUCAAGACUGCUAUCGAUGAUAUCAAUAAUGAUAAAAGCACUCUACUUCCAAGAACCCAGCUGAAGGCUGUAGUAGAACGAAUAGGACCGGAUGACAGCUUUAGAGCCACAAAAAAAGUAUGUAGCUUGUUGCAGCAAGGCAUAGCUGGUAUAUUUGGUCCCCAAUCUGAUGUCACCAGCAUGCACGUUCAAGCAAUAUGUGAUGCCUUGGAUGUGCCUCACGUGGAAACACGCUGGGAUUUCCAAUCGCAAAGAGACGAUUUAUCUAUUAAUUUAUUUCCGCGGCCUUCCGUCCUGAGUCGUGCCUAUGUGGAUUUAGUGGACGGAUGGAAAUGGACAGAAUUCUCUCUAGUCUAUGAAGAACCGGAAGGCAUCAUACGCCUUCAAGAUUUCCUGAAGGAAGCACAGAGGAAACGCUGGAAAGUCAAUCUCUAUCAGUUUCAACCAUCCGAACCUUACCGAGAUUUAUUUUGGUCGAUUAAGAAAGAGAGGAAUAUCAUCUUGGAUGUUAAACGGGAAAAUAUUGAAAUCGUCCUGAAACACGCUCAACAAGUCGGGAUGAUGACCGAAAAUCACGCCUACCUCAUCACUUCUCUAGAUUUUCACACUAUCGAUUUGGAAGAUUUUCGUUACGGAUACACUAAUAUUACCGGAUUCCGUCUAGUGAAAACCGAAAGCCAAGAAUAUGAAAAUUUAUAUAAAGGAUUGAAGAGGAACAGAACGAAUCAAUCAGAAAAUAUCAGAACAGAGACUGCUCUUAUGUACGACGCGGUGAAGUUAUUUGCUAUGGCAUUGCAAGAUUUAGAUGCGAGUAGAACGAUAGAUUUCCCCUCAAUUUCGUGUGAAAAUGGUGUUAGAGGAUCAGACGGAACGAGUAUUAUUAACUAUAUGAAACCCAUAAGCUUACAAGGCUCUACGGGAAAAGUUUCUUUCGAUUCUCAAGGAUUUCGGUCGUCCGAAUUUGUUUUAGAUAUUCUGCAUUUGACAAAAGAAGGUGUUGUAAAGAUUGGUCACUGGACUCCAGAAGCUGGGGUACAUAUUGUUCGUCACGACGUAUCGCACGUUUUCGAUUACGAUCGAAUUAGAAAUAAAACACUGAGAGUAACUACAGUUCAAAACGACCCGUACGUAAUGUUAAAAGAAUCCAUAGAUACAUUGAAGGGUAACGAUCGAUACGAAGGUUUCUGUAUAGAUCUGAUCAACAAGUUAGCUGAAGAUUUGCAUUUUAACUACGAAAUACGAGAAGCUGAAGAUGGACAGUAUGGCAAAAAAGAAGACGACGGAUGGAAUGGAAUGAUUAGAGAAUUAAUAGACGGGAAAGCGGAUGUGGCAUUAGUAGAUCUGACAAUCACUUCUUCCAGAGAAGAAGUAGUAGAUUUUACUAUGCCUUUUAUGACGACGGGAAUUAGUAUUUUAUAUAAAAAAUCGACUACGAAAGUCACUACUCUUUUCUCGUUUCUCUCACCAUUUUCUAUGGAAGUUUGGGUUUACGUUAUGGGAGCGUAUUUGGGCGUAUCUGUGACUCUAUUUUUGGUCGGUCGCUUGAGCCCUUACGAGUGGGAUAAUCCUCAUCCGUGUCGCCAGGACGAUCAAGUUUUGGAGAAUAGUUUUAGUUUACUCAACAGCAUGUGGUUUACUAUAGGAUCACUUAUGCAGCAAGGAUCUGACGUAGCGCCUAAAGCCAUGUCUACUCGAACGAUUGCUGGAAUCUGGUAUUUCUUUACGCUAAUUAUGAUAUCAUCUUACACUGCUAAUUUAGCCGCUUUCUUGACUGUUGAAAAUUCGGUCGAUCCUUUCACUAAAGCCGAAGAUUUAGUAGAUCAAACGGAAAUUAAAUAUGGUUGUGUUAGGAGCGGAUCUACAAAAACGUUUUUCGAGGAAACUCAAGUACCAGCUUAUAAAAAACUAGGAGAAGUUAUGAAAAAAAAUCCAGAUUAUUUAGUGGACAACAAUAAUAAUGGAGUAGAACGAGUCCUUCAAGGAAAUUAUGCUUACUUUAUGGAAUCUGCUAGUAUCGAGUACAAGAAAGAAAGAGAAUGCAACUUAACUAACAUAGGUGGGCUCUUGGACAAUAAAGGAUACGGAAUUGCUACACAAAAUGGUUCUCAUUAUCGGACUAUAUUGUCUAAUGGCAUUCUCAAGUUGCAAGAAGCGGGUGUCCUGUUACAAUUGAGAGAUCGCUGGUGGAAACAAAAAAGAGGCGGAGGGAGAUGCAGCGAUGAAAGUAAAAAGUCUUCCAGUAAUGUUAAUGAAUUAGGUUUAGGUAAUGUCGGUGGCGUAUUUGUGGUCCUGCUAGUUGGUCUCGGAAUGGCUACGGUCGUUGCUAUUUUGGAAUUUUUAUGGAAAGCCCGAAAACAAUCAGCAACCGAAAGGGAAUCUAUAUGCAAAGAAAUGUUCCGAGAACUAAAGUUUGCUCUCUCGUGUCAAAGUUCAACAAAACCCGUUCAUAAAAAAUCAGUGUCCGAGAAUAACGAUUUUCGAAUAUCUGGUUUUACACCCGAAUAUUAAAAAAAAACUCAUUUUCUAAUUUAAUCAUCAAUAGAUAAGAUAGUUUUGAAUUAUAGUAAUGUUCUAAUAAUUUCAUCAUCGCGCAAGAUUUGUGUAACAAAAUUUGUGAAAAGUUUUAUUAUUAUAUUUAACUGUUUUGUCGAUAUCGUUAUUAAGUUUGACAAUAACUAUUGUUCCCGCUGGUUCAUAUAUUAUAUCAUUAUUUGGACCGCACGUUCUCUUUUCAUAAAACAAAAUGAGCAACACUUUUACAUACAGGCUUAAAAGCCUCUCGGCCCCGCUCAUCCUGAGUAGACAAAUCAAAUUAUAUUAGAGCUCAACAAUAAGGAGAGGAAGAAAACCAUAAAGAAAACCACGAACAAAAUAACAAUUUAUUCAUCCGUCCAACACAACUUUCGGCGUUGUGUGCCAUUUUGUGAUUUUAUAUAGUUCCAGUUUUGUAGAUUUAAUUAAAUCUUUCAUAUAUAAGCUGUCCUGCUGGUUAUUAAAUACCAAAAUUGUGACUGAAUUGUAUCGGUAGUUUAUCAAAUUGUGUGUAACUAGACAUCUAUGCAAAUUAUAGGAUUAUGUUUUACUUUGUAUAUAGUAAUUGAUUACCUUUGCACAAACGUGGCCUAACUUGCAUAGAUUUCUGUUUUCUUUUCUUUUCUUUUUUAAAUCAUAGUCCGUUAGAUAAUUAUCUAAAUUGUGGUAUUAGUGAAAAUAAUUUUUUGCAAAUUAUGUGGUUGUGUUAAAAAAAUAAAAAUUAUAC